AUGAGGAUCUUGUCAUGGAACUGCCGUGGGCUUGGGAACCUACUGGCAGUACGGGCCUUUGGUAGGCUCAUCCAUUCUGAAGCGCCCGAUAUUGUGUUUGCAAUGGAAACAAAGUUGUAUGAGUCCGAAGCUCUGCGUCAUAGAGGCCUGGGGGGUCUUCAGAACAUCUUUCCGGUUCAAUGCGCAGGCCAAGGACACACGCGUGCAGGAGGUUUGUUUUUACUUUGGAGUCAAAAUGUUGAUGUAGCUAUUAUUUCUUUUUCUUUGAAUCAUAUUUUGUUUACUGUUACACAUUUGGAAGAACAAAAAGUGAUGCAGGUUAUGGGAGUGUACGGAUACCCAGACGACCGUCGAAAGAUGGAAACUUGGUAUUUGGUGAAGCGCUGUCUGAGCGAUGUUUCAAUCCCGAGUUUGUGUGUGGGGGAUUUUAAUGAUUGCUUGUCCCCUCGUGAUAAGCUGGGAGGGGACCCCCCUAACUUGAAUCAUAUCCAGAGAGCUGCUAGGAUUAGAGCGGAAUGUUGUUUACAGGAGGUGAACUUUACAGGUUACAGAUUUACUUGGUCAAACAACAGGGAAUCCCCUGGCACUAUUGAAGAACGCUUGGAUUAUGCCCUUGUGAAUGAUGCUUGGGAUGAGACUUGGCCUAUUACUGUAGUCCAUCAUCUAUCCAAGCAUAAAUCUGAUCAUAAUCCUAUUUUGCUAACAUGUGGUGCUCGCAGGAAAAGGAAAGAGCUUGGCAGGGCACGACUUUUUCGCUUUGAAGAGAUUUGGCUCCAAGAAGAUGAAGAAUGUGCUGAAAUUGUCACAGAAACAUGGUGCAGAUUACAGAAUGACUUGCCCACAAAAAUUGCCGAAAGAGAAGAGCAGACAGCAGAAAUUUUGCAAAAAACAAGGGAGACCGAGCACCAAUUAGAUGGCCUUCUUGAACAAGAGGAAAAAUGGUGGAAGCAGAGAUCUAGAGCCACUUGGCUGCGGGAUGGAGACAAGAACACACGCUUCUUCCAUCAGAAAGCCACACAGCGGCGAAAGAGGAACAUGAUUGAGAAAAUUGAGGAUGAUAGAGGGAAGGAAUAUAUAGAGGACAGAGAUAUUGCCCGAGUUCUAAUAGAUUAUUUUGUCCAGCUUUUUGCAACCUCACAUCCUGUGGGUAUUGAGGAUGUCACUUCACUAGUGGCUAACCGAUUGACAGGGGCUCACUUGCAAAUUUUAGAGGAUCCUUUUACAAAGGAAGAAGUGACAAAGGCUCUCUUUCAGAUGCAUCCUACCAAAGCGCCUGGAAUUGAUGGUUUUCCAGCUCUCUUUUAUCAGCGCUUUUGGAGUGUAAUCGGGGAUGAUGUAGCUGAAUUUUGCUUACAGAUUUUGCAUGGACAUGUAUCGCCAGGUAUUAUUAACCAUACUGUUCUUGUUCUUAUUCCUAAGGUUAAGAAAUCUGUGCAUGCUAAUCAAUUUAGGCCAAUUAGUUUGUGUAAUGUGAUUUUCAAAAUUGUGACCAAAACAAUAGCGAACAUAAUGAAAAUUAUUUUGCCUGACCUAAUUUGUGAAUCUCAGAGUGCUUUUGUUCCUGGUCGGUUAAUUACUGAUAACGCUUUGAUUGCAUACGAAUGUUUUCACUACAUGAAGAAGAGGAUUAAUGGCCGGAAUGGCACUAUGGCUCUAAAAUUGGACAUGUCCAAAGCGUACGACCGAAUAGAAUGGUCUUUUUUGAGUUCUGUGUUGAGUUCGAUGGGUUUUCCUCAAAAUUGGGUUGAUCUUAUAAUGCAUUGUGUGUCUACUGUUUCUUUUUCAAUCAUGUUGAAUGGUAACCCACAGCCAAGGUUUGUGCCAAAUAGAGGCUUGCGACAGGGAGACCCCCUAUCACCUUAUUUGUUUAUCUUAUGUGGGGAGGUCUUCUCUGCGCUUAUUAAUAGAGCUGUUGUUUCCCAGAAUUUAACUGGUAUUAAGGUGGCGAGGUCUGCGCCUGUUAUUUCACAUUUGCUUUUUGCAGACGACAGUGUCCUCUUUGGUAGAGCUGAUAUGCGAGAGGCAGAAUGCCUGAAAGAAAUUCUCACUACUUAUGAGCGAGUCUCCGGACAAGUUGUCAAUCUUGACAAAUCGAUGCUCUCUGUUAGCCGAAACGUGCAGCAAACAAGAUUUGAUGAGCUUAAACAGCUAUUGGGAGUAAAGGUCGUUGAGAGUUUUGAUAGAUAUUUGGGGUUACCGACUCUAAUUGAUAUAAACAACAUGAUCUCUAAUUUUUUCUGGGGUGGUGAUGCAUCCCGCAAGGGGUUGCAUUGGACUAAGUGGGCCAAUCUUUGUCGCAGUAAGAGAGAUGGUGGUCUUGGCUUCAGAUACUUUAAGGCUUUCAAUCUAGCUUUGGUAGCCAAGAAUUGGUGGAGAAUCUACUCUAAGCCAAACGCUCUAGUGGCCCGGCUCUUUAAGGCGGUCUAUUUUCAUAGAGGGGACUUGUGGAGUGCAAAGAAGGGGUAUAGACCAAGUUACACAUGGUCUAGUAUACAAAAAACAAGAUGGGUUUUUGAGAAAGGAGGGCUGUGGCGUAUAGGAAAUGGCACUCUAGUCCAUAUUUGGGAAGACAAUUGGAUACCAAGUGGAGCACCUUUGAUAUACCGCCAGGAUUUAGCGUCAGCACAAGGCCAAGGUGGUGAUUUUUUGAGCUGGCCAAGCACUAUGAAUGGCCAUUAUUCCACUAAAACAGGUUAUAAUCUAAUACAGCAGCUGCUGGAAAGUGACACAGCUAGUUCAUCUUUCUCGAGCUCCCUCCCUCCAAGCUUAUGGCGGAAAUUUUGGAGCUCGCCGGCGCUGCCACGCUGCAAGGAACUAUGUUGGCGAAUGAUCAAAGGGUACCUUCCUGUAGCUGCGGAGCUUCGAAGAAGACACCUUGAUGUGGAUGCAACCUGCGGCUUUUGUGCGUCUGUCUCGGAGGAUGCUCGCCAUGUAUUCCUCGCGUGCCCAGCUGCCACCAGCUUCUGGUUUGCUUCACCGUUGUCUUUGAGAGUGGAGCGGUUUGCUUCUGUUGCAGAUUUUUGGAGAGAAAUUCUGGAGGAAGGGGAUGAUGAGGUGCUGCUGCUAUCUCAAACACUAGCGUACGCAUUCUGGGAGGCACGGAACAAUAACAGGUUCAAUGGAAGGAAUUUAUUUCCAACUGAUACGGUGCAACGUGCUCUCUCUACUGCCGGGGUCCUCACAACGAUCAAACCACAUGAGCCCGCCACGAGUCCUGCCAGCUACAUGGGCACGGCCUGCACGAGGAGAGGGGGUUAUGGCAUGGUUGCCCGAGAUUAUGUUGGUGCAAUAAUGGCAGCAGCCACGGCGUAUCCGGUGGCGUCCAUCUCACUGUUGCUGGCGGAAGCGGGGUGCCUGCGCUGGGCUUUGAGGUUGGCCAUUGAUUUAGGUUUUCGGCGAGUGGUUUUUGAGACGGACUGUCUGCAGCUAUUCAACUGGUGGAAGUCUAGACAGGAGGGGGUUUCUUUCCUAGCUACUGUUGUCAGCGAAUGUCGCUCUUUAGUUACUGCUUUUGAUGCUUUUUCUAUUUCUUUUGUAAAACAUUCAGGAAAUACUGUGGCGGACCUUUUGGCAAGGAACGCUUCUACUUACACUAAUGAAGUGUGGGUGGAAGAGGUUCCAGACAUUGCAGUGAACCUUGUUGCCCAGGAUGUUUUGGCUUCCAUGCCUCCUGAGAUUUGA